UCAUUUCCGUCUCCGUUUGCCGCCAGUGGGAGGGAAAAGGGCGAGGAGACGCAUUUAGCUGCGUUUGUCUGAUUUUAUUUUACUAGGUAGUUAAGAAAUUAACGGCAACCGAAGACAUGAGCGACAACGAGAAGGAUUUUGUCGAACGAGAGUCUCGCUCGGCUUCUCGGAGUGCGAGUCCACGUGGGUCGGGUAAGUCGGCCAGUCGGUCUCCCGCCCAGUCUCCGGCACCGUCCAAAGAGGGCUCCCAUCACUCCAGAUCCAAGUCCCGCUCCCGUUCCAGGUCCAAAUCCAGGUCCCGCUCUUAUCGGAGCUCCCGCAGACACUAUACGCACUCUCGGUCCCGCUCGCGCUCCCGCCGGCACCGCUCGAGGAGCCGCUCCCGCAGUGGCGACUACCGCCGGCGCCGUAGCCACAGCCGCUCGCCCAUGUCCAAUCGCCGGCGGCACAUUGGCAACAGGGCCAAUCCAGACCCGAACUGCUGCUUGGGCGUGUUUGGUCUCAGCCUGUACACCACCGAGCGUGACCUGAGGGAGGUGUUCUCCAAGUACGGCCCCCUGGCCAGCGUCAGCAUCGUGUAUGAUCAGCAGUCUCGCCGCUCCAGGGGCUUUGCCUUCGUUUACUUUGAAAACAAGGAUGACUCCAAAGAGGCCAAGGAGCGUGCAAACGGAAUGGAGCUGGAUGGCCGUCGGAUCAGAGUCGACUACUCCAUUACGAAGAGGCCUCACACCCCGACCCCUGGCAUCUACAUGGGACGGCCAACCUAUGGUGGGGCUGGAGGUGGACCCAGUUUCCGUCGUUCUUCACGCGAUUAUUACGACAGAGGGUACGACCGGGGCUACGAUCGCUAUGAUGAUCGGGACUACUACAGGUCUUACAGACGCAGGUCCCCGUCUCCGUACUACAGUCGUGGGGCGUACAGGUCCCGGUCACGGUCGCGCUCCUACUCGCCUCGUCAUUACUGAAAAGCGUUUACGUCACAAGCAGCCCUUGUGUUGGUGGUGACAACGGUCACAGACGUUUGGUUUGGAAAGGGGGGGCUAUAUGUUUCGUCAUAGUCGGUUUGUCCCUAUCAGAAGUUCUGCCUGCCACCGAUACCCCAAAUUGUAGAUGAGAUUGUGUUUUGUGUGUGUGUGUGCAUUUUUUUUUUUUUCUUUGUGCAUUUUGGAUGCGUCGUGUUGACUGCUUCCCUACUUUUUUUUUUUUCUCCAUUUAUUUGUAGAUGUACACAAACCAGGUUUGUAUAUAGGAAGUGGUUCAUUUGGGCUGGGGUACAUUUCCACAGCUUUGAUACUGUACUGUGUUCUGCUUUUAAUUCGGCAGUAUUCAAGCAAUAAACUGCCUAUUCACACAA